AUCUUUUUUAGCAAGCUAAGGACGCGGCUAGGGCGUCAGGGAAGAAGAAGGGGACGACUCUGUCCCAGCUGAAGAAGAGAGCUGUGCCGGCUGGCUCGGAGACUCCGAGUACCUUCAAGAAGCCAAAACCCCUACCUCGCCGUCUCGUGAAGAAAGACGAGUCGAAGGUUGCUGAGGGGGGAUGCCCUGAUGACGAAGAGAUGGGCGUGGACAAGCCGUCUCUGGUGGUGGACUUGGUGGAGGACCCUCUUUCGGGAAUCCCGGCCGACGUCCGCUCUCAGAUACCGGCGGAGGUGGCCCGCCGAGCUAGGUCUUCGGGCGCCAAAGACAAAGGGAAGGAUGCAGCUGCUGCCGAGGAUGAGAACGUACCUGCUACUCCACACUAUUCGUCAAAGGAUAGGGUGGCUAUAUGCCGCAAGGUUUUUAAGGCCGUCCCCGCUGAGUAUGUUGCUUCUCUUCCUGGCCGCAAGACUGACGCCCAGUUUGGUGCGAUCCAGGCCACUCUUCUCGACUUGUUCUGCCGCAUGGAAUUCUGCAAGAGCUGGAAGGCCCGCACUGCUGAGGAGCUCAAAGCUCAGGUGGCUGAGUCCACCCACCAUGGUGACUAUGCGUUCAAGUCCAUUGAAGAGGUCCGCCUGCAGAUGCAGACGACCAUAGACCUUCAAGCGAAGGAGGUGGCUGCGUUGAGAUCUGACAAGGCCGAGCUGCUUAAGAAGAUCUUGGCGCAGGACAAGGACAUGGUGGCAAUGGUCGAGGAAGCCAAGACAGCGGCGGCGGAAAUACGGGCGCUUCAGGACCAGUUGCGGGAGUACCCUCAGGUCAAGGAGGCGGCUGAGGAAGCCGAGCAUCUUCGUGGGGAGCUAGAGACGGCCAGAUCGCAAGUUCGCACCUUGCGUGAGCGUCUUCUGGAAUCCUAUGAUCAGGGGGAACAAGCGACCAAGGACGCUGUUAAGCACGCCUGGGAGAGCCACAUGUCAGAGUAUGAUCUUGGGUGGUUCCAGCGGCGAAUGGAGCACAGUGCCGCUGUGUUGGCUGCUGAACGUCUUGGUCAGCCGCCCCCUGAGUUUGUAUCAUCUGAUGAUGAGGACGAUGCGGCCGCCCCCUGAUUUGCUUCCUUUCCUAUUUUUUUUUAAAAAAAAUUUUAUUCAAGCGUUCCAGUGCCUAAGGGCAAAAACAAUUAUGUUGUAAAGUUUUGGCGCUGAUGGCGUCUGUAUCAUUGUGCCUGCUGAGCACACAACAAUUCUCUUUCUUUUUCCUGGUCAGGAAUUCUGAGCUACUUUCACACGCCUUUCUACGGGCGUUGUUUUAUAAGUAAAUAGGUUUUUUGAUGUUUCUCCUAUCUCGCAUUUACUUGCUCUUCAUAAUUUGAUUAUUCCUUGAUCAAUAGGCUUAAUAGGCUUAAUCAAUAGGUAUGGUUGCCAAGGUGCAUCCGAGAGUACACUAAGCACGUUAAUGCCGCAGGCAACUGAGUAGGCGCUAGGCCCUACUUUGGUCGUCACUUUCUUUGGCGAGCGUGUCUAUAACGAUAUUGAUUGGCGCAAGUCAAUCAAUAGGUAUGAUUGCCGCUAGACA